AUGGACUCAGAGUUUCUCUCCCCGUUUGUGGAGCUGGAGGACGACUUCUGCACGAGUCGGGGCCUGGACUCUGUGGCCCCUCAGUUCAAACCCUCCGGACUCCAGCGCAGACACUCCCAUUGCCCCGUCACUUUUCCAAACUCCAAGAAGAACAGCAGCGAGGCCCCGGGGCCCUGGGGGCUCCUGCUGGAGGAGCAGCAGUGGGGACGAGAGCUGGCCCGCUCGGCCCUCAGUCACAUCCCCUUCAGAAUGGACCGCUCCGUCAGUAUGAUCGAGGGGCCCUCACUGCCUCCACCGCCCGGCCUGGAAGCACUGCCGCCCAGGAGCCUGGCCCCCGAGCUGCUGUCCCCUGAGCUGCUGUCCCCUGAGCUGUUGUGUGGCCUGCCCACGUCCCCUCUUCUGUCCCCUCGCUACAAGACAGAGCUGUGCCGCACCUUCCAGGAGUGUGGAGCCUGUAAGUACGGGGCCAAGUGUCAGUUUGCACACGGCCCUGAGCAGCUGCGGGGCCUCCGCAGACACCCCAAGUACAAGACGGAGCCAUGCCGCACCUUCCACACCAUCGGCUUCUGUCCCUAUGGGGCCCGCUGCCACUUCAUCCACAAUGCAGAUGAGAUGUGCUCCGGCGGCCGCAGCUCAGGGACCCCUCAGCUGCGCCACAGCAUCAGUUUCUCUGGUGUGUCCUCAGGGGCCGGCCCUCUGCUCAACAGGGCCUGCUCCAUGUCCCCUCAGUCCCUCAUGAGCUCCCCAGACUCUCUGUACAUGUCCCCUCUGCUGCCGGAGCCCGGGGCCCUCAAACACUUCUGUGGGCCUCUGUCCGCUCUGCUGGACUCUGUGGACGACCAGGACCUGGCCCUGCACUUUUCUGCUGUGACAGAGCAGGGACCUGGGCCCAAAGGAGCCACGGGGCCCCCGGGGGCCUCACUGUGGCGCUCCUCCUCUCAGAACUCUGUCAGUGACUGUGUGAGUGAAGAAGGCUACGGCUCCUGUGGCUCCCAGUCCCCAGAGUCCACAGAGACCAGUGACCCCCAACGCCUGCCCAUCUUCAGCCACAUGUCCCCGAGCGACGAGAGCCCCGAGCCGGACUUCAGCAGGACUAGACCAGGACUAAACCAGGACCUAAACAGGAAUGGACCUGGACUCCAUCAGGGCUAA